AUGUCAAAACUUGCACAGCAACGUUCUGUUACUCCAGCUGCCCUGUGUCGGCCAUUCUGGAGAACUCUCUCGGUGAUUGUGGCCAAAAAUCUUCAGUCACGUCCUUACAUGGCCGAGCAACUUUGUGACUUGCUCGGAAUGCGAGUGGAUGAUUUUCUAAGGCUAACAGAGGUCUUCGUUCUUCCUCAUCUCGUUCUCUCUCGCAAGCGGGAUGUUAUCGCCAGAAUUGGAGGAACCUACAAAGAGGUCAAAACUCCAUUUGACAUAUGCUCAGAGAAAGAUAAUCUCGCUGCAAUAUUGGCGUUUCUGUUAUGUCAGCCUUCUUCGGAACCCCAGAAAAUGAUCAUGUCGACGCUGUCUGCUGUCGAUUCUGCAUUUGACGGUCGUACCUUAGCCGAGUUGGUGAGGAUUGAGCCUAUCUUGAUCGCCUGCGACCUUCUCAAGGGCCUCGGGGACAUGGGCAAGGACAACGGCGCAAGAGUAUGUGUGGGUCCUCGCAUGCAGGCCGUAUGCUAA